GCCUCGCGCUGUCUGCUUGUUAUUUUCUGCAACAAGAUGGCUGUGGUUCCAGAGAGCGUCCUCACUUUCGGCGUUUUUAAAUGGAGCUCUUACUCCUCUACAUAUUUACCAGAGAAUAUCUUGGUGGACAAACCUAAUGAUCAGUCUUCCAGGUGGUCGUCUGAGAGCAACUACCCUCCACAGUUUUUAAUCCUGAAAUUGGAAAGGCCGGCAAUUGUUCAGAGCAUCACUUUUGGAAAAUAUGAGAAGACUCACGUGUGCAACUUGAAGAAGUUUAAAGUGUUUGGUGGGAUGAGUGAAGAAAACAUGACAGAGCUUUUGUCCAGUGGCCUUAAGAAUGACUACAAUAAGGAAACAUUCACCUUAAAGCACAAGAUUGAUGAGCAGAUGUUUCCCUGCAGAUUUGUCAAAAUAGUGCCUCUGAUGUCUUGGGGUCCCAGUUUUAAUUUCAGCAUCUGGUACAUUGAGCUGCACGGUAUUGAAGAUCCUGACGUGGUGCAGCCCUGCCUCAACUGGUACAGCAAGUACAGAGAACAGGAAGCCAUCCGCCUUUGCCUGAAGCAUUUCCGACAGCAUAACUACACCGAGGCCUUUGAGUCGCUGCAGAAGAAGACCCGGAUAGAGCUGGAGCAUCCGAUGCUAACUUACCUGCACGACCGCCUGGUGCUGCAGGGAGACUUCGACGAUUGUGAGGAGCUCAUCGACAAAGCUGUGGGAGACGGGCUGUUUAACCAGUACAUCAGCCAGCAGGAGUACAAGCCCCGGUGGAGUCAGAUCAUCCCCAAAUGUAACAAAGGUACCCAAGAAAUCAACCGAGACGACAUGACGAGUGACGGAGACGACAACAGGCCCGGGAUGAGGGGAGGACAUCAAAUGGUCAUCGACGUCCAGACUG